AUGGCCGCCGAUCUGGAUACCAACAAAAUCAAAAGCUGGCGAUCCAUAAUUACUUUGAUUGUUUUUGUUAUCACUAAUAUUAUUGUGCUUUUCCCUUUUCACAUCCCAAUCUAUCUUCCCCGAUGGCUCGUCAACAUAGUCGCGGAUGGUCUGGCAGCCAUGCGCAUAAUACCACAACGAAAACCCCAUACCCGAUAUGACCGCUCAAUCUUCGUCAAGUUCAACUUCCCUUUGAACUUCAUUACAGCACCUCUAAUAGCAGAUCUCUUCCUGUUGGCGAUCUUGGCCAUUGGCAGACAAGAAGUACAUGACGGGACAGUGGGCGCGGACAACAUCUCCCCAAUUGAUAUUAUGGCCUUCUUCCUUACUCUGGCCUAUAUUGCUAUCUCGAUUGAUGCAUCAGGUCUGAUCAGAUACCUGGCUUUUAAGGUUCUCCAGAAGGGAGGCAAUCUGGGGCAUAGGCUGUUCUUUUACCUCUACGCAUUCUUUUUCGGGCUGGGCAGCUUCAUUGGAAAUGACCCCAUUAUCUUGUCUGGUACGGCCUUCCUCGCCUACAUGACUCGAGUAUCCAGCAAUAUCGUUCACCCUAGAGCUUGGAUCCAUGCCCAAUUUGCCGUGGCCAAUAUCGCAUCCGCUAUCCUGGUGUCCUCUAAUCCAACGAACCUCGUGCUCGCGGGCGCGUUCGAGAUCAAGUUCAUUGUGUACACCGCAAACAUGAUCGUACCCGUUGUCGUCACAGCCAUUGUCGUAUUCCCGUUCUUGCUCUACAUCCUCUUCGCAGAUGUGUCCCUCAUCCCAGUCUCCAUCAAAAUGCACGAGCUGUCUGAGGCAGCGAAAGCCCGGAAACCCGUGAAUCCAAAUAUCCCCUAUGCCCGGGGCACUGCGGAAGAGGAAGAAGAGGCCAAUAAUGAAAAUGGGAAACUUCUUUCCCUAGAAGAGAUCAUGAAUCCGUUCCUGGAUAAAAGCGGUGCUGCCUUCGGAGCUGUGAUUAUGGCAGCUACUCUCAUUACACUUCUAGCACUUAACGCGGCCAGUAACUCUGGCAAGGAACACCCUGUUUACUGGGUCACUUUGCCUGCUGCCUUUGUCAUGUUCUGCUGGGAUCUCACGUGUGGUUGGAUACACCGACAUGAAACGCGUGAAAUUGCUGCGAAGGGCAGACGAGAGGUUGAACUUGCGAGAGCGGAACGAGAAAGAGUGCAGUCACUCCAGAACUCACCGAUGCAGGCUCCAAUGGAAGGUGAACACUUGAGAGAUUGGCCCCAAAGCCAAGCUACGCAAGGUGGGAUUCCUUUCGGUGCCAUGGAUUCCAGCAUCAACACAAAAAUACACGAGGAUAAUCAAAUUCCACUGUCAGCUUCUGCGCUGGUGGAGAAGGAUCAGUUUCCAGAGAUUCAACAGCCCGGUGUCAUUGUCCGCGAUACCCAGAUGUCAGCAAUCUCUUCGUCGACCGAGCCCCUGGAUGCGCCCGCUGCUUUGGAUGCAGAGAAGCGAGGAGGGCUAAACAAGACAGGAAAGCAACAACCAGCCACAUUAGUUUCGAUCAGCGCCGAUACCUACCGAUGGAUGCAAGAGACAUUCCCAACUGUGACAGUAGUAGUUUCCCACAUGCCCUUUCCCCUGGUCCCAUUCGCGUUGUCGAUGUUCGUCCUCGUGCAAGCACUCGUGACCAAAGGGUGGGUUCCAGUGUUCGCCUAUGGGUGGGAUCAUUGGGUUAGCAAGACUGGCACAGUAGGAGCAGUAGGAGGGAUGGCAUUCCUCUCCGUGAUUCUUUGCAACUUCGCUGGUACGAAUAUCGGAACCACCAUUCUACUCUCUCGAGUUAUUCAGUCCUGGAUGGAGAUUCACAAGCAAAAUGGAAUUCCAAUCAGCGAUCGUACAUUCUGGGCAACAGUAUACAGCAUGGCCAUUGGUGUCAACUACGGUGCCUUCAGCACAUCAUUCAGUGCUUCAUUGGCCGGCCUACUGUGGCGGGAUAUUUUGGCGAGGAAGCAUAUCCGCGUCGGCAGCCUUGAAUUUGCGCGUGUGAAUCUCCCCAUUAUUGCAAUUGCGAUGGUUGUUGGAUGUACAGUUCUGGUGGGUGAGGUAUAUGUUGUCCGUGGUACCGGACCUUAUGACGCAUGA